CAAUAUACAAAAUAUAGUAAAUAAAAUAGACCAAUCAAAUACCAUUAUAAUAAUUACAAGUACAAAUAUUCAACAACCAUGCAGUGUUUCCAGUAAUUGAAGCAAUGGCUUUUAUAUAUUCUUGAGCCAAUUACCAAUAAAUGAAAAGAUUUUAUGAGUUAUUCUGCUGGCAACAUGUUGCAGCAGCUUCACAUGCCCUUGGAAAUUCAGUAAAUAAAAAGCCCUUGUGUUUUCUCUCUUUUUGAGUUUCGUUACAUAUUCCAUUCAAAUAACAAAUAUUUUUGCUUGCUUUCUUAAACUUCUUACGAUGUGUCAUGGUUUUCAUUUAAGCUCUUCAGACUUUUUAUAAACUUAAACAUAACCUUCUCUGCAAGAGUAUUUGGUUAGUCUUAAUGAUCCUCUUCAAUAAAUUGGCUUUUUAACUCAUUAUAACUUACAAACCUACAUGAGUGGCUUGUUGGUCUAGGGGCAUGAUUCUCGCUUUGGGUGCGAGAGGUCCCGGGUUCGAAUCCCGGACAAGCCCUGAUUGUUUUUGCCAAGUCCAUACUGUAUUUUUUAAUUAGAUGUUUAAAUAUAGAGUGUAAUGUGCUCCCAAGCAUUUACAUAUAAAAUUUGAACAGAAUGUUUCUACUUCUUUUCUAGUUAUAGCAACAACCCCAAGUAGCACACAGUAAAAAUUGCAGCCGAAACAAAUGGAUGGACAGACUGACAUACAGAUGGAUGGACAACCAAAUGUAUGGAUGGAGCUAUUCUCUAUAUCUCCCCAAACACCAUUUGAUGUAUUGAAGGAGCUGUUCUCUAUAUCUCCCCAAACACCAUUUGAUAUAUGGAUGGAGCUAUUCUCUAUAUCUCCCCAAACACCAUUUGAUGUAUAUAUGGAGCUGUUCUCUAUAUCUCCCCAAACACCAUUUGAUGUAUGGAUGGAGCUAUUCUCUAUAUCUCCCCAAACAUCAUUUGAUGUAUGGAUGGAGCUAUUCUCUAUAUCUCCCCAAACACCAUUUGAUAUAUUGAAAGAGCUAUUCUCUAUAUCUCCCCAAACACCAUUUGAUGUAUGGAUGGAGCUAUUCUCUAUAUCUCCCCAAACACCAUUUGAUGUAUGGAUGGAGCUGUUCUCUAUAUCUCCCCAAACACCAUUUGAUAUAUUGAAAGAGCUAUUCUAUAUAUCUCCCCAAACACCAUUUGAUGUAUGGAUGGAGCUAUUCUCUAUAUCUCCCCAAACACCAUUUGAUAUAUUGAAAGAGCUAUUCUAUAUAUCUCCCCAAACACCAUUUGAUGUAUGGAUGGAGCUGUUCUCUAUAUCUCCCCAAACACCAUUUGAUAUAUUGAAAGAGCUAUUCUAUAUAUCUCCCCAAACACCAUUUGAUGUAUGGAUGGAGCUAUUCUCUAUAUCUCCCCAAACACCAUAAAUCUUUUAGGAACUGAUCAUUCUUUUAAAUUGGGUCUCAAUGAGCUCAUAAAAUGAAGGAAAAUGGAUAAUUUCUCAUGAUGGGACAUUGGAGGCUCAUGCUGUUCUUGAUAUAAUGAGGAUCACAUGCUUGCAAGGUGUAAGGGUAAUUAGAUCAAUUUAGUUUAGAAAUAUGUACACAUAGUUCAAGGGUUCACUAUCCUCUGGGGUUCCAUCAAACCCAUACUGGUAAAUCAAUGUAUUCUUUCAGUUGAAUAUAAUAUCAAAUCAUAUCAAAUGUGAUAUUUUAAUGAGGACUUAAAUAAAACUUCGUGACAAAUUAUCAAGCUGAAUUACUAGUGCCUGGUUCAUUUAGAAUAUAUAACCAUUACAACAUGAUUCACAUGCAACCACUUGAAUGUCUCAUUUAACAUUUCCUAUGGCAACGUUUAUUCAUUUUUUAAA